UACAUCAUGGCAGCCUGCUCGCCACUCGUGCGUUCAGCUUAACGCUAGCUAGAAUGUUCUAGCACAUUCAUGUUAAUCUGUGUAAAGGGGAGCUCACGUACUUUAAAAGACUCAGUGAGUGUGUCCAUUUCUUCAACACUGUUUAUAGGACUUGUGUAAAGCUUAGCGGUGCACAUCAUGGCAGAAGACAAACCAACCAGGAAAUAUCCCCAAAACCUCCAGGGGGUCCUGCUUCUGGCAGUGGAUGCUGGAUCAACCACAGAGGGACCUGACCCUGUUCAGCCCAUGUCAGAGGAGAGGAAAAUCUGGCUGAGAGGUGCUCUAUCAGAAGUCUGCAAAGGGCAGAUGGAUGAAGUGGAGCAGAUAAAGCAGUGCUUGGACAUCUUACGCCAGGAGGGAGUGAGUGAAAUGGAGAGAGAGGUAGAAGAUGAGAGGGAUGAAGAUGUGCGAGAAAAAGCCUUUGAGGUGAUGUCAGAGUUGUGUGAGAACCUGGACAAUGCAAGAGACCUAAUGACUCUUGGUGGACUGGACCUGUGUAUCUCUCAGUAUCUGUGUCAUGCCCAAAGUGGACUGAGGUGGCGUGCUGCCCAGCUCAUCGCUUCCUGUGCUCAGAACAUGCCGGAGGUGCAGGUCCACUUAUAUGGCCUCGGGGCGCUGGCAAAGCUGCUGCAGCUGACAGACUCAGACCCCCACCCCACCGUCAGAGUAAAAGCCCUUUACGCUGUGUCGUGUCUGAUUCGAGAGCAGGAGACAGGACUCCAGGAAUUCUUGUCCCAUGAUGGCAUCUCGGUGCUGAUGCGAGGCAUGCAAUCGGACAUCGAGAAGCUCAGGGCCAAGUCUGCAUUCCUUCUGCUCAAUCUGCUGACGUCACAUCCCGAACAGAAAGACACAGCGGUCUCCAUGGGUAUGGUACAGCAGCUGGUGUCUGUUCUCCGCACACCACACUCACCUUUCCAUGAACACGUGCUUGGCGCCCUUUGCUGUCUGGUGGAAGACUGUCCACAGGGUCUCAAAGACUGCAGGGAUCCUGCUCUGGGUCUGAAGGAUUUAAUCAGACAGCAAUCCAGAGAGCUCCAAGGAAAAGAAGAGAGUGAGGAAGAACUGGACUUCUGGGAGCGCUUGAGGGUUAUUUGUUUCCAACAGUCGGAUGACAAUGGGAUGGAUCGCUGAAGUCUUAUUGACCUCACCUGUGUUGGUGUCACUGUGCAAAGAUGUAAUGGAACAUUCAUGAUGUGGGUCAAGACGGAUGCUGUCCAUAUGUUGUAUGUCAUGCAGGAGCUGGAUUUUACUGUAGAAAUAAUUAUAAUGUAUAAGCUGUCAUUUUAGUCCAGUCUUUUCAGCUCUUCAUAAUAUCAAACCAAAUACCAAACUCCAUCACGGGUAGUAUGUUAUGUAUUUCAACUGUUAAUAGUUACAUGUGCAACUUAUCUUUAAUUGUUGUAGGUCAGGUUUGUCUGAAGGUAAAGUAUUUCCAUUUAAUUGUAGUUGAUUGUCUCUUGAAUCAGGACAGAAUCCUUGUUUAUUUUACACCAUAUUUAUUUAUUAUUAACAAAACAAAUUGGUCUUUGUUAUAUAUACAUAAAAUGGCCAGCUGACAUGUGGAAAACAUGCAAAAUCUACACAAACAUUGAUGUCAUACAAAAUAAAAAUAUUUUGGCACAAAUCACAGAAUAUAGAUAUUCUUCUAACCAAUAUUUGUGGAGUUUCUUUUAGUUUGUAGACUGGUAUUUUAAUAUGUUGAGUAUUAGUAUGAUUAUUCAAACGUAAGCUGUAAACACAUUUAAAUAUCUUGACUUUGCAAGCUGCUCUUUUACUCCAUCUUUGGCACUAGCAAGAAGCCUUCAAGUGCUGACAGUAGUGUCCUUCUGUUCUCCUCUUUACUUUAUUUAAUGGGUUCAUAUUAGAAACUCCAAGACCUAAAGGAUUUAUAAGUUAAAUGAUUUUACCAGGGUGAUGGAGAUACUUCAGACUCGAGUGACACUGUUUAGGAACUCUUCCAUUUUGCAAAGUCCUCCUUGUUCAUUGCAUUUACAUCGCCCACAGCUAUUAGUAGCUGUGCCAAAUAAUAUGUGACCAUGACAAGAGCGUUACCGUGCUCCAUUGGUGCAGUCACCUUAAAAACUUGCAGAGCCAGCGACACAUCAGACACCAUGAAGAACAAACCUCCUAACAGUGUUGCCACAUUGCGGGUUCUGAUAGCUAAUGCCCCCAUUAGAACAAUUAAGACAAUGUAGACCCCCACAGCUGGAAGCAGUGUAUCGGAGUUUGGCGUCUUCUGCAGGAACGGAUAUAUGUAGAUGUAGAAACCUCCUCCCACCGUGAACAGGAUCAGAUACA